UUGGUGUGUGCCGCGGGAGCCGCUGCUGUGCCUGGCUGCUCUCGCCAGGGCCCUGGCAUGUGCUGCUGCUCUGCCUGCUGGUGCUGACCCCGGGGCACCCACGGGCACGUGGGCUGCGUGUCUGUGAGGUCUGCCAGACCUCGGCCGUGUUUUGUUUGAGUCAGGGCAGCAGCUGACGAGCAGUUGGUGAAACGAGUUGGGCAGGUCUCGGGCAGGCUGGCAGAGGAGCUGCUGGUUUCUGGAGGGUGCCAGUGUCUGCGUCCCCUCGGUGUAUGUGUGGUAACAACAUGUCUGUCCCCCUCCUCGCUGACGCAGUGACUGUCUCAGGGGCAGAGCGGGAGACUGCCGCGGUCAUUUUUUUACAUGGCCUUGGAGACACAGGGCACAGCUGGGCUGAUGCCCUCUCCUCCAUCCGCCUGCCCUACGUGAAGUACAUCUGCCCUCACGCGCCACGGAUCCCAGUGACCCUCAACAUGAAGAUGGUUAUGCCCUCCUGGUUUGACCUGAUGGGGUUGACUCCAGAUGCACCUGAGGAUGAAGCUGGAAUCAAGAAAGCUGCAGAGAACAUUAAAGCGAUUAUUGAGCACGAGAUGAAGAAUGGGAUCCCCCCCAACCGCAUCAUCCUGGGGGGCUUCUCACAGGGCGGUGCCUUGUCGCUGUACACAGCUCUCACCUGCCAGCACCAGCUGGCUGGCAUCGUGGCACUCAGCUGCUGGCUCCCGCUGCACAAGGCCUUCCCACAGGCGGCCAGUAACGGCGUGAACAAGGACAUUGCCAUCCUGCAGUGCCACGGCGAGAUGGACCCCAUGAUCCCGGUGCGCUUCGGGGCCCUCACCGCCGAGAAGCUCAAAUCUGUCGUCAGCCCCAACAAGGUCCAGUUCAAGACCUACCCGGGUGUGAUGCACAGUUCCUGCCCUCAGGAGAUGAUGGCGGUGAAGGAGUUCAUCGAGAAGCUGCUGCCCCGGAUCUGAGCGGAGCCGACCCAGACUGUCGCGGGGAAGGACGCCGAGGUGGCAGCCGCUGCCCUGUCCCCUGUGACCUGUCCACUGCGAACGGAAGCCAUGGCACCCCUGGCACCCCUGGCACCCCCUCCGCCCCUGCCGCCGCGCCCCCGCCGCCGCCUGGCGCCGCCGCCGCCUCCCCGCUGCGCUCGGAGCCCGGAGCGGAGCUGGCCAAGGCGAGUCCUGCGGCGGCCUUUCCUCUCCUGCUCUGGCUCCCGGCGGUGCCCGUGGAGCUCACCGCCCCGCAGCUCCCGGUGCCGGCCGCCUGGGGUCUGGCCCUGGCACGGGCGGGUCAGGGUCAGGGCUGGGGCCGUGCCCUGCGGCGAGGGAGCGGGCACGGGGCAGGGGCAGCCUCCGCGGCAGACUCUGCCCCUGCUCUGCCCUCGGCCCAGCCUCCAGCAGGCGACUCUCAAGUUUCCAGCCUGAGCUGAGGAACUUGGGACUCUCCUGGGAGUGCCUCUGCCCUGCCUGCCCGGGCCGGGGGCAGCCCCCACGCCGCUCCCCAGCCCCGCAGGGGGCCUGGCCCCUGCCCUGUCGCACACGCACACUCCCUGUGCCCCUGCAGCCUCAGCCCUCGGCUUGCGGCACCUCUGCCCUCCUGCAGAUAAUCUCCCUCCUCCUCUUGUUGCUGUUACAAUCUCCUCCUCAGCCCAUCGAGGGGCCUCAGAGGCUUCUCUCCCUCCCUUGGCCCAGCUCUGUGCCCUCACAGCCCCAGAGCACUGCCGCUGACAGCCUGGUUCUGAGCGGCUGUGCCGUGGAGCCUGGUCCUUAGCGUCUCUCUUGCUGCUACUUCUCCUUCCUUUAGGACCUGCUUUGGCUCAGGGAGGGAGAGCAGAGGUGAGGAGAGGC